UCUGUUCCGUACUGGGGUGUGCGGGCCAGGCGGGGCGGGGCGGGUGCGAUCUCGGAAGCCGGAAGUGUUGCAGUUCCUGAAGAGGGCGAAUCGAGCGCGGACACCAGAAGCUGUGGAAUAUUGACCAAGCACCUUCGGCUUUGUGUCUAAUCAUUUAGAAUGGCAUACCCUGGCUACCCCUCAUCUGGCUAUCCAGCCUAUCCUCCAUCAGACGGGCAGUCUGCAUAUCCCCAAGGCGGUGGGCAGUACCCCUACCCAGCAGCUGGUGGUGGCGCCUACCCGCCAGGGCCUGGUGGCGCCUACCCGCCAGGAGCUGGUGGUGGCGCCUACCCGCCAGGGGCUGGUGGUGGCGCCUACCCAGCAGCUGGGGCUGGGGGCUACCCAGCUGGACCAGGAGGGAGCUACCCAGCGCCACCAGGUGGGGGCUACCCAGCCGGACCAGGAGGAGGCUACCCAGCGGCUCCAGGAGGAGGCUACCCAGCAGCACCAGGUGGGAGCUACCCAGCGCCACCAGGUGGAGGAUACCCCCAGGCACCAGGUGGAGGAUACCCCCAGGCACCAGGUUGGCCUUCUCAGGGUGCUGGGGGCACAUACCCAGCAGCAGCUUCGGGGGGCUACCCUGCACCUCCAGGUAACCAACCCGCAUGGGGAGCUGGUGGAUCGGGAUUCCCCUCCUAUCCAGCAGGUCCGGGCGGCACUGCCCCUGGAGCUGCUCCUGGCUACGGAGCUCCUGGCUAUGGCGGAUGUCCUCAGCCUGCUGGCCAAAACUACUCGGGAGGCGGGGCCCCACCUGCAGGUGGGUAUCCGUCUGGACCUGUGCCUGGUGCAGGAGGUGUUCCAACUGGCCCCAUCCCAGCUCCUUCACAGCCUUCAAUGCCAAACAUCGGAGGCUUGUCAAUAGGAGGUGGGACACAGGGCACCAUCAAACCAGUUGCCAACUUCAACGCGCAGAGCGACGCUGAAAUUCUGCGGCAAGCCAUGAAGGGAGCUGGGACCAAUGAACAGGCAAUAAUCGAUGUGGUUGCCAAUCGCUCCAAUGACCAAAGACAGAAGAUUAAGUUAGCAUUCAAGACCUUGUAUGGCAAAGAUUUGAUCAAAGACCUGAAAUCGGAACUUAGUGGAAACAUGGAAGAAAUCAUUAUCGCCCUGUUCAUGCCUACCACCUACUAUGAUGCUUGGAGUCUCAGGAAGGCAAUGGAGGGAGCUGGAACGCAAGAUCGGGUGCUCAUUGAAAUCCUCUGUACGAGGAACAAUCAGGAGAUCCGAGAGAUUGUGCGCUGUUAUAAGGACGAGCUAGGAAGAAAUUUGGAGAAGGAUUUGAAGAAAGACACCAGUGGCCAUUUCAAGAGAUUGCUUAUCUCGAUGUCACAGGGCAACCGUGAUGAGACCCAGACGGUGGACAUGCAGAAAGCAACAGCAGAUGCUGAGAGGCUGUUCCGCGCAGGGGAAGGGAAGCUGGGCACAGACGAGUCCACCUUCAACAUGAUUCUUGCGACCCGCAGCUUCCCCCAGCUCAAGGCAACCAUUCAGGAGUAUGGGCGGCUGGCUAACCGUGAGCUGAUGAAGGCCAUUGACCGGGAGUUCUCAGGAGACGUCCGUGCCGGGAUGCAGGCCAUUGUGCAAUGUGUUGUCAACCGUCCUGCCUUUUUUGCCGAGAAGCUCUACAAGUCCAUGAAGGGGCUGGGAACCAGUGACUCCACUCUCAUCCGAGUCAUUGUCACUCGCAGUGAGAUCGACCUUGUCCAGAUCAAGCAGGCAUUUUGGGAGAAGUACCAGAAGACCCUGCGUAUGAUGGUGGAGAGCGACACCAGUGGAGACUACAAACGCAUGCUGCUUUCCAUCAUCGGGAACUAAACUUCAAAAACAGGAGCUUCUGGGUGCCUCCUUGAAUCCAUUACUUGAAGGAGAAUGAGACAAUAUUCCCUUUCACCAUCAAACACAUUACAAAUUUAUACGAGUCAAAAAUCCUAACUACCUAAAGUGGCAUUUAUUUUACUCCCCGCACAAAAUGAUGGAGGAACUGAGAAGACGAUCAGCAGCUCCUACCUACCCAUUCAUUCACCCAAACACUUCCUGCCAAGAGCCACUCUUGUUAAUACUAGAAAAAGAUCUGCUGUUGAAAUGAGAUCCUGGGAUGCAGUUGGGAACUAAUUAAAAAAUUAUUCCAAUUUCCUAUCUCGGCCUAAUGGAAGAUGAUCAGACAGCAGAUGCUGAGGAAUGGUUGUGCCAUUCACUGAUCAGUUUAAUGAUUUGGUUUAAGUUGAUUGUACUGAAAUUCACAUUCUGUUAGAGGCGUAGUUGUAGAACACUACACCACAGAAACAGGCACUUUGACCGAUGCUGACCUCUUAAUCUGCCUAGUGCCAUUAAUCAGCACCCGGACCAUAUCCCUCCCAUUCGUCUGCGUAAUCCAAACUUCUCUUAAAUGUUGAAAUUGAACCCACCUGCACUGGCAGCUCGUUCCACGCUUUCUUCCCCCCUCUGAGUGAAGUUCCCCUUUAUUUUUGCCUUAAACAUUUCACCUUUCACCCUUAACACAUGAACUCUAGUUGCAGUUUUACCCAACCUCAGUGAAAAAAGCCUGCUUGCUUUUACCUAUUGUACAAAUAGUCCCAAGAGUCAUCAUUAAUCCAGUAUUCUAAGCCUGCAAAAUUUCAUCCUUCCCUCAGCUUGUGCUGUUACAGCAGAUACCAAGUAACAAUUCUCAGUACUUUCUCCGUCAGUGCAGAUCUUGCACAAGAAAGAUUUUAUGCUUUUGCCCAGGCCAUUGAGUGUACCGUGUUACUUUUAAUUGAAUUGAUUUGCUUGUGAUCUUGAUGAGAAGAAAUACUGUCUGGUCUCUGUAAAGUUACAAUAUUUAAGUUAGGAUUCUGCCCCAGGAGUCCAUUGUAUUUUUGUUUAAAGUCACUGCAUAAUUGUUUUGAAGCCUGUGUGUCCCGAAAAUGUAAAUGUUGAAAGGUUGCAGCUUUUCUCCCUGAAAUAGUUAAUGCUUGACAAGUGUGUGUCUUCCCUCUAAAGUGAGUAGAGUGUGAGCUCAGUGGUCUGGGAGAAAGUGAACUCCUUGGGUCAAAAGGUUCCUUUCACCCAAACCAUCCGCUGAGAUUAUGCAUGAGAGGGAACUGCUCAUGUUUUAUCAGAUUCUCUGAGAAACAAUCUGGUACCAAUCCAAAGGUAUUCAGCCCACUGCUUUUGCUCCACACACUUUCUGCAACCUGAUCACCUCAAGUAGGGUGAUCUGAUGAAUUAUAUCCAAAGCCAUAUAUUUCCUUGCUAAAAUUAACCUACCAUAUAUUCAGUGCCUGCUUUGUGCCUUGCGAAACAAAUGCAAAUUAUUUUUAUAUAUAUUUGUAGUGUAGAAUAUAAGAACAAUUAACCAUGUCUCUGCACUUCGGUUGUGAUUGCAACUGUAUUUCAGUGAAGUGAGCUCAUUUGUUAGUCCUGCUUAACAAAUUUGCCAUGAAUUAAUAUUUUUCUUUAAACUGAUUAAUAUUUAUAAAUUUCCAUAGGUCACUUGUGAAGUUUCUGGUCCUCAUUUUAGUUUUAAUUCUUCCAUUUAUUUGAUUUGUGAUCACCACAGCCUGAGCAGUGAUCAGGUAAUAAAAUCUCACAGAUUGGCCCUCACACUGUUGCCAUACCCCUCCCUACACCUGGCCAACAGCUCUGGGCUCGGACAACUGCAACAAAAAGUCUCCGUGACCCAAAGUGGAUAUUCUGUGCAGGGCCCUGAGCUCUGUCCCAGGUAGUAAAGAUUAUGAAAGAAACUCAGCUACAAAGCCUGCUGUAAUCAGCAAACACUACUCACUGACAAAGAGAACAAGCUCUUCUGUUCUUGUGCAAAGUGCUGGAAAAGCCAAGUACAACAGCAGACUCUCUGCUGGGCUGUCUUGUUCACCAUGAAGAAAGCUGUAACACCACCCCACCCCCCCACCCCCAGCCCAGGAAAUGACAUUGGAGCUCAGGAUCAUUUCCACUGGCAAUCAUGUGGAUGCUUGGUGAGGGUAGAGCUUCACUGAGAGCUGAUUCGGUCUGUGGUAGAAGUGUCAAUGUUAGGAAAUUAAGCCCACAUUCCUGAAGCUUUCAGCAGCCUAAACUUGCAGCUCAUUAAAUAUGUACAACGUAUCAUCUCAGUUUAUCAUUGUCCAAGUUUAUUGAAUUGUUAUAAUUAUGUACUAACUUUGACAGUGACAAUUAUGCAUGUUUGUUUAGAAAAAAAAUCACAUUGGUUAAAAAAAACAGUGGAAUCAUUGUAAAUGGUGCAGUAAUGAGAAGCACUUGAAGAAUUUCCAUGGUUUCCCUUAAGUUGUUUCUUGGAGUAUUUUGCCAAUAAUUACAGAAAUAAAAAUAUAACAUUCUCGAA